AGGUUGAGGAAGGAGUGUGAGUGAAACUAUGAGAAUGACUAGGUCACUUCCUUCUACUGAUGUCAGUCGUAUUAAUACCAAGUCUUUAACUCUUCUUGUUUCUUCCUCUAUCAAUCUGUAACGCUACACAACCAAAAUAAGAACAAUUUAUUACAUUUUUCUUAAUAUUAUUAAUUUUACAUUGCUGUCGUGCCUCUGAAGGUUUACCACUGAACUCCUCUCCUUGUACUCUCGUUUUUGUCUCCCUUACAUUCGGCUAUAACACGCUCCUUCCUGCCGCCUCGCCAAUUAUUAUAUUAAAAAUCUCUCUUAACAUCCUUAACGGAAAGGAGUGGGCACAAUAAACAAAGUGUGAAGACAACCUCUCGUCGCAUCACCUCGUCCGUCUGCCUUAAAUAUAACUUGUUAUACUGAUGAGAGUUUAAUUCCAUUGUUAAUUAGUUAGUCUUCUUCUUCUUCUUGCUACCAGGCUUUUUUUUUUUACUCGUUUCCAACAAUCGGAUUUCAGCCGUUUUCUACUUCGGACAGCAAUAUGGAUGUUAUCGAAGCAAUAGGAAAACAUGAUUUCCACGCGUCGUCCCCGGAUGAACUGAGUUUCAAACGAGGAGAUUAUCUCCAGAUUAUUGAUAUGGAAACUGACCCAAAUUGGUAUCGUGCUCAAAUGAAAGGCAACACAGGCUAUAUACCAAACAAUUAUAUUGAAAUUAUUCAUAAAGACAAUUGGUUGAUGUUAGACGUUACGCGGCAAGAGGCAGAAAGAAUGCUUUUGGCUAAGAAUAACAACAUGCAGUAUGUCAAUGGUGAUGGUGCCUUCCUUGUGAGGAAAGGUCGACAAGAAGGAGAACAUAGUUUGUCUGUCAAAUACAUGUGUGAAGUACAACAUUUCAAAAUAUACAAACAGAAUGAUGGUCAUUUUAUAUGGGAGUCAGAUAAAUUCCCAACACUUGGAGCUUUAGUGAAUUUUUACAAAUCAUCAUCUGUAAGCCGAAGCCACCACAUAACCCUUAAAGAAAUUGUUAAAGAACAGAAAGUAAAAGCACGUGGAAUCUAUGAAUUUAAUGCUCGAGGAAAUGAUGAAUUAAGCUUCAAAAAAGGAGAAGUAAUUGAUAUUCUUGAUCAGCAUGACCUUCACUGGUGGACAGCCCAGAAUUCGAACAAUCAAACAGGCCUGAUUCCUGCUACUUAUGUGGAAGUAAUAUAAUUACUUUAUCAUCAUAUACACCAGUUCCCAAAAUAAACAAUUCUUCCUGUUUGUUAUUCUGUCUAGGAAGAAUGAUUAGCAAAGACCAAGCAAAACAAAAAAACAAAAAAACAUGCAUACCUCAUACUUAUAUGUAUGUAUGUUUAUGCAUAUAUAUAUAUUAUAUACAUAUCUGUGUAUAUGUAUAUUAUAUAUACGUAUAUAUAUAUAUAUAUAUAUAUAUAUAUAUAUAUAUAUAUAUAUAUAUAUAUUAUAUAUAUACUUAAACACAUAUAUAGUUUCUAGCUUCUAUGAAAGAUUGCUGAAAAUCACUGUGUCCAAAUUCUCGGUUACUUGCAUGAAACCAAGGUACAGAAGUAACUAAAGGCACUAGGGAUACACAUACACACACACACACACAUUCACAGACUGUCACUCAGAUACUAUGAUUUUAAUAUCUCUGGUUCAUCUUUCAGCCUAAAACAUGCAGGUGAUCAAACUGCUGGUUUCUGAUACUGUCUUAAUAUCAUUUCUGAUACUGUCUAAUAUCAUUUUAAAUAGUGGUAGAUGCCGGGACUAUCUAUAAAUAAACAAUAUAUGCUAUCUUCCCUUUACCCUUUCCUUCUUUCCCCAACUGGCAUCAACAUUACUGCAAUUCUUCAAUUCUCUCAGCAGAACAAAUUGAGAUUCUAACUUCUUCACAAAUAGAAAGGAGUUAGAAUAAUCAUUUAUUGAUAGCAGUUUUGUAAGAGCUAGUAUUUCUGAACAGUUGUUUUAUUUAACAGACACUGCUCACUAAUUCUUUUGUUUUUUUUUUUAGCUUAAAUUGAUUAUUCAUUGGUCUUAUGUUUUCAAUAUGUAAAGAACUGAAUUAUAAUUUAAUUAACUUCAUUUUCUUUUCAAUAUAUAUAUGUAUAUAUGUAUCUAUAUGUAUAUAUGUAUGUAUGUAUGUAUAUAUAUAUGUUUAUGUAU